UUUCGGUCGCCGAAACGGCAUCACUCGCGGCCGCCGCCGGGGGCGAAGCCGGAGGUUAAGGAGACGCUGGAUGCGAGGCUGGAGCAUAUCGAUGGGGAGUCGUAUGUGAUUAAUCAGUAUAUCGUCAAGGAGCAGGUUGGAAGGGGGUCGUAUGGUGCUGUCUGUCGGGCAGUGCAUUCGGUCACGGGCGAGACUUUUGCUAUCAAAGAGUUUUCAAAGUCAAGACUGAGGAAGCAUUCGCUAUCGGCAAUGCUUCGCCAGCGCCAUCCUGGACCCUCUCGAUCACCAGGCUUCCCACCUCUUCGCAUGCGCGAGUUCCCGCCGCAAAAGUCAUCGCUGCCCCCCUCGUCGCAUCAAAGCGGCAACCCGCUCGAUCUGAUCCGGCACGAGAUCGCGGCGCUCAAGAAGCUCAACCACGAGAACGUGGUGAGCUUGAUCGAGGUGCUCGAUAAUCCCGCGGGGGACUCGCUCUACAUGGUCCUAGAGUGGUGCUCGCGCGGGGUCGUGAUGAACGUGUCCGAGACCGCGACCGCGCAGCCGUACGAGGAGGAGCAAUGCCGGCUGUACUUCCGGGACCUGAUCCUCGGGAUCGAGUACCUCCAUUCCCAGGGCAUCGUGCACCGCGACAUCAAGCCGGACAACCUUCUUCUGAACGAGGACAACGUGCUCAAGAUCGUCGACUUUGGCGUGUCGGAGUUUUUCGCGCGCGAGCAGGAGAACGGCGAUACGGUUACGAAGCAGGCGGGUAGUCCCGCGUUCAUGGCGCCAGAGAUGUGCGUCGUGCCGCGGAUCGAGUACUCUGGGCGCGCGAGCGAUAUCUGGGCGAUGGGCGUGACGCUGUAUUGUCUUGUGUUUGGCAGGCUGCCGUUUGUAGGCACGGACGGCAACCUACUUGAUCUGUAUCGGAAGACGCAGACGGAGGAUUUCUAUCUGCCAGAGAACACGAACGCCGAUCUGCGAGAUCUGUUUGCGCGGCUGCUGGAUAAGAAUUUCCGGACGCGCAUACGCAUGCCCGAGCUACGGGAGCACCCGUGGAUAACACUCCGAGAUGAAGACCCGCUGCUAUCGUACGAGGAGAACACAGCCUCUGCGGUGACGGACGUGACCGAGCAGGACCUCGAGCGCGCGAUCAAGGGCGUGAGAGGGGUGUUUGACGUCGUCAGGGCGGUCAAUCGCCGAUCGAAAGGCGUGGGCCGGCGCACGCAGAGC